AUGGUUCGCAUCCUGAUCACUGGCUCCUCGGAUGGUCUCGGCCUGGAGGCUGCCCGUCAACUCAUCCAACGAAACCACACCGUCUAUCUCCAUGCCCGAAACCAACAGCGUGCCGAGGAAGCCCGGGCAAAAUGCCCCGGCGCCGCGGGUGUGCUGAUCGCCGACCUGACCACCAUGGCCGAGACGAAGAAGCUGGCUGAAGAGGCUAAUGCCAUCGGCACCUUCGAUGCAGUCAUCCUCAACGCCGGCAUGUUCCACGGUGACUAUCGCAAGACUCCUGACUUUGGCAUGCCCGCUCUGGCGUUCGUUAACGUGAUCGCGCUGUACUCUCUGGUCUGCCUGCUCAAUCGACCCAAGCGUCUCAUUCUGAUCAGCUCAACGCUCCACAAGCAAGCCAAGACCGACCUCAAGGACCCCUUCUGGCUGGAGCGUGGUGAAAAAGGCUUCCAGGUCUUCCAGGCAUACUGCGACUCCAAGUUCCAUGUCCUGUUGCUCGCCAAGGCCGCAGCACGCCGGUUCAAGGGUACCUCGGUCACAGCGGUUCACCCGGGAUGGAUCCAGACGAAGAUGGGAGGCGCAGGUGCCACCGACAACAUGCAGGAUGGCAUUGACACCUACUUGAUGCUGGCGGAAGGAGAUUAUGAUCAGAGCGUGACGGGUGUGUACUUUGAGCCCAAGCGAAAGCUGGCUGAAUCUCUGCCGGCAGGCGAUGAUGAGCACCUGCAGGAGCAAAUGGUCCAGGCCUGCGAGGAGCUCACCAAGUUGACGUUGGAGGCUUGA